AGCCACAAGACCCACAUCUCAAAUUAACACCAGCUCCAUAUCAGGACAAACAAGCAAAACAUCUUCUGUGUCUUCAAGAACCUUCACAACUGUUUCACUCUCAUCUAAUCAAGAUGGUGAGAAUAACAGCCGUUUAGUUUCAUCAGAAGCUGAUGAUGACAUUGAUGCUUCACACAUCGAUGCUUCACCACGACCACCUCCACUCAAGAGAUCCAAUGCAUUUAGAGGCAGCUUGCCUACCACUUGAGAAAUGCCCAAGGAUUUGCCAUCAACCUUUAGAUUGCCAAAUAAAUUUGGCCCGGCAAUUGACAAAAAAUUAAAGAGCCAACAUCCUGGAAGUAUGCCAAGUGAGCUUGUGCGAAGGAUCAUUCGUCAGGUCGAAGUUCAUGUCAGUGCCUUUAAUCCCAAGCCGUCACCUAGUAUUAUUGAGUGGAUCGCCAAAGAGCUUUGUACAAAAUACAAAUGCUUGAACCAGAUCGAUCCACGCUCUGUCAUGCCUGGUUAUGAUGAAGAUGCAUCUUCAGACUUCAAGGGCUGGUAUCUUCUAAAGAAGCAAUUGUUGAAAAAGUUUGAGAACAGUAGGAUGGCUACCAAAAAGCUUGUGAGUGAUGAUGAUGGGACCCCUUACAGAAAGAAGAUGAAACUAUCUUUAAAAGUCAACAAAGGUAAGAACACAUGCAAUCACUUGCAUGUUAUAGUUCAGGAUCGACAUGGUUACAAAAUGACAAAUCUAAUAUUAUCUUCAAGUGCCACAACACAGCAAAAUGUUAAUUUGCGUCCAAUUUAUUAGUUGCUUUUUGCCCACACAAAUAAUUUUACAUUUAUUGCCAUAUAUUCCAUCAGAGCAACAAAAUACAAUGGAGGGCCAGAAAGCUGGGUUGAAUACUCAAACAGAGUCGAAUUGCUAUCUAUCAACCACAGAACGUUAUGACAUACGGGGGGCGUAUGGGGACAGCACGCAACAAAGCAGCACCGAUAUUUGGUUUGUUUGUUUGGUGCGCAAAGCCAUCACAAUUUUUUGGCAAAUUAGAUUGUGAAUAAUCGCUCUUGCGAUUUUUUUUUUCAAUGAAAUUACAGGGUUCGCACAAACCUUGAAAAGUCCUUGAAAAUGCAGUUAGUCCUUGAAAACUCCUUGAAUUUGAACAUUUUGAAUUUAGUCCUUGAAAAGUCCUGGAAUUUUUUUAAGAUUGCCUUGAAAAUUUGUCAAAGUCCUUGAUUUUUCAUUUUGUGUCAUCGUUUAUCCAUAUUUUAAGCUAGAAAAUAUUAUUAAAAGAAUAAUUUCAAGAAAGUCUCCGGGUGAGGUCCAUCUUGGUGAAGAAUGAUCAAUGAAUGAGACAAUAAUGGCUAUACAGGAUGAAAUCAGAAAGGAAACAUGGUACCGUUAGGUCUUACCUUGGAUGUCUAUCAAGAUUUUUCCGAUUUCUUAAGGUCGAAAAGCCAGACGGCCUUCAGUUCACUGAUCAAAGUGUUGAUAUGAGCCAGGUUCAAAAGUAGAUAAACGCCUUCAAAGUUCCUCUGGCAGAAAGGAGAUGGGAAAAAAAGAAUGGAAGACUUCGAGAGGCUAAUAAAGCCCGAAGACAUCCAAAA